GCCCCGAGAUUUUCCUAAGCUUUCUUCUUUCGACUGCAACAUGUCAAACACAUGCCAUUUUAUGUCUUGAACCAACACCACUUUUGACGGAUAAAUGGAUGCUCUCGUUUCAGAUGUAAUCCCCAGUUUGCACAUUCACAUCAAUAAUGUCUCUUGGCCUGCCUUGUAUAAUCCUGCUAUUGAGCUGGGGCGUGUCGCUUCUAGUGGGCCAGUGCAGCCAGGGGGCUCUUACUUAACUAACGCUAACGAUAUAUUCCAUUUCACUCUGUACUGGACCUUGGUCUUUCACAUUCCCUCCUAUCUAGUUUGUGGAGUAUAUGCUUUCCUUAACUUUGCGUUCCCACCAACACCUCUCGAACACCACUCGUUUCCACUAGUCAAGCAACCUUCUAAUGUGUCACAGCCAGCUGACCAUUUCUCCUCACACAAACACUUGCCACAGUCGGCUGCCACCUACCCUUACUCGCGGAUCAAACCCUCUCGAAUGAAUACGCGUCGCUCAAGACUCACUUUUGCGAUUUUAGUCCUUCUCACUUUCUUCUUCGUCAGCCUGCUGGGUACUAUACUGAGUUCAGCCAUUGUGGGAUACAUAUUGGCUGCAGUGUAUAGAUCUGGAAAAUUUUCCAUGUCAACAUGGGUUCCAUUCAUAUGGGCAAUGAUACAUGGUCUCGUCGCUUUGCUUGGGAUUUGGCCGUCUGUUGUCGAUAUAAUCUGAUAUAUAUUAAUCAUAUCUCUUCACGAUUAUUUUUGCCUCUAUCUUCAACGAACCAAAAUACUAUUUGCAUACGACCAACAAGCAGACAAAGGAUUGACAGUAAAUGUUUCAAAGAGUCAAUCGUGAAAAUACUUGACAGCCCAGAUAGCGGAUUGAGAUUGAACACCGAGCUGUCCUCACCCUGUUCUCAGGUGUGUCCAUACUGCCAGUAUAGCAUAUGGACCCAAACACGUCAAUCAUCGUGGCAAUAUGCAAUAUAGUUUCCUAUGUAGUGAUGUUGAUAGAAGCAGGACAAACCCAGCAGAUUUGGUGAUGCAACAUUAGUACAUUGGUCUAGAAUCGUCUUAGUGACCACUUUGGCUAGUCGGGUGCUUUUAUCGGAACCCACCCUAGGUCGUGUUGGAAAACAGCGUGGCCUCUAGACCAUUUCAGUCAUGUUGAUGUUCAAGAUAUCAGAUUAUCUUGCAGCUCUUCGCUCGGAUGUUGGCCGUCUCCGCGGCUUCUUGACGUUCUCGUGGAUUCAAGGAUUCAACCAGGAGUCAAAUACGAUGUCCGGAGAACAGUGAGAUGGUUCCAUUAUGAUGU